AUGGAAUUCGCAUUGGUAUUCAUCAUUAAUGAGUCAAAAAUAGAAUGCGUUUUACCAGUUAUGAAAAUUAAAGAAAAAAUAAAGACAAAAGAAGGUGUUGAAUUGCAGUCAUUUAUGCCAAAAGAUGAAAAUGAUUUCAUUAGUAGUAAAUGGUACUUUGCUAAAUAUGGAUCUGAUUCAGGAGACUCUGAUGCAACAAUUAAAUGGUCUAGAAUAACUAUUUUAUACCUAGGUGCAACAGAAGAUGACAUUGAAAGGAAGAGAAGCAACGAAAGAUUAAAAUACACUAGUACUAAAUACAUGGAAACAGAAUCCAGUUUUGACGAAGAUAGCAAUUUGGAAUUGUUGGUAAGGGUUGAACUUGCGUAUGAAUCAUUGAUAAUAACAAUAGACAUAUUGCUAUCGUUAGUAUUGAGCCAAAUAAGUAGUUUUUUUUUCUUUCUAAUUUUUAUGUUUUAUACAUGA